AUGGAAGCAGAUGGUAGCUUAGGUGGACUCUUCAAGGCAAUACUGUCAUUGUUACUGGAGGCACUCGAGGUAGAGCCGUCCCUGUGGAAAGCUAAAGGUUUUAAAGUGGGAGGGUCUGAGUGUGAUUUACUAUCAAGAUCUCAACAAGAAAAAUUUAUGGACACCGUUAGCAGUUAUUUUGAUGGAAAAAUAAACAUUCUUAAAAGUUCGAUAAAUAUUUUCUCUACAAAAAAAAAUGGGGCCAUGUCCACUUUUGCCCGUAUUUGUGCUGGUUUACCUUUGCUUUUGUACCUUUCAGGGGCAAUGAACCAAUUGACAAGGAGUUUGGCAUGUGAAUGGGCUAAGGACAAUAUUCGAGUUAAUGCAGUUGCAGCAUGGGUAAUCAAAACCUCUCAGUGA